AUGGGAAAUCAAGAAACAUUAGUCAGUGGGUCUCAAAUUUCCAAGCCAGGAACCUCUGAAAGUGAGUCAAUGUCACCUGCACAAGCUCAACAACACCUUUCUUUGUUUUUUGCUUUAUGCAACAAGAAACCUAGUUUUCUUCAACUUGUAUUUGACAAAUAUGAUCAUGCUCCAAAGGCAGCUAUUCAUCGCCAUGUUCCUAUACUUAUCCGGGCUUUAGGCCCAUCAUAUUCAGAUUUACUCUCCAUAAUAUAUGAUCCACCUCAUGGAAGUGAAAACCUCCAAGGAAUGAGAACUGAAGAUGAUUGGAUGAACAUGAAAUGA